AUGUUAUAUAAUAGGGUUAACUUGCGCUCCCAGAAACGUCUUGCAUCCUCCGUCCUCAACUGCGGCAAGCGAAAGAUUUGGCUCGACCCCAAUGAAGUCAACGAAAUCUCCAACGCCAACUCGCGCGCCAACAUCCGCAAGCUUGUCAAGGACGGUUUGAUCAUCCGCAAGCCCGAGAUCAGCCAGUCGCGUUUCCGUGUCCGUGAGCGCAACGCUGCCAAGCGUCUUGGUCGUCACAUGGGCCAUGGUAAGAGAAAGGGUACUGCCAACGCCCGUAUGUCUCGUCAGGUCCUCUGGAUGCGCCGCAUGCGUGUCCUCCGCCGUCUCUUGCGCAAGUAUAGAGAAGCCGGCAAGAUCGACAAGCAUUUGUACCACAACCUUUACCUCAAGUCCAAGGGUAACGGCUUCAAGAACAAGCGUGUGUUGAUGGAAUACAUUCACAAGGCCAAGGCCGAGAAGUUGAGAGCCAAGACCUUGUCUGAACAGGCUGAAGUCCUCCGUGCUAAGAACAAGGCCCUUCGUGAGCGCCGCAAGCAGCGUGCCGAAGAUAAGAGAAACGCUACUGUUGCUGCUGAACAGUAA